AUGGAUGACGACAAUGAUCAGGAACAUUUAAUAGAAGAUGAUUAUUACACAUUCCUGAAUAUCCCAAGAAAUGCUACACAGGAAGAGAUCAAUUAUGCUUAUCGUAGGCAGAGCAAACUUUAUCAUCCUGACAAACAUGUCGAUCCUGUACUCAAAAAGGAAGCAGAAAUUUUAUUUAAUCGCACUAAAGCAGCAUAUAAAGUUUUAAGUAAUCCCCAUCAAAGAGCUAUUUAUGAUUCAGUGGGUAUUAGAGGAUUACAAACUGAAGGUUGGGAGAUAGUAGAGCGUACUAAAACACCUCAAGAAAUUAGAGAAGAAUAUGAAUAUCUUGCAAAAGAAGCAGAGGAAAGAAAAUUAUUAAGGCUUACAAAUCCCACUACUAGUAUCACAAUGAAUAUCAAUGCUACAGAUCUUUUUAAUAGAUAUGACAAAGAUUAUGAAGAUAGCAGGGACAUACUUUCAUGCAUAGAAGUCAGUGGAAUGUCUUUCACACAAUCCAUUGAGGCACCUCUUACUUUGCAAGACAUUAUAACAAUGUAUGGUCAAUUAAGUACAAGAAAUGGUAUAGGUUCUGGUUCCAUACAUAUAGCUGCAAAGCGAUUACUUUCAUCAAAAGGUUGGAUAGAAUUGGAAGUUGGUGCUGGAAAUGGACCGACAAUAUCAUUUAAAGGUUUCCGUUUACUACCUCAUAAAUUGAUGUUUAAUGGAGCAACAGUACUUGAGUUCACUCCGGUCGAAAUUAAGGCUAGUCUUGUAGGCACACUUACAAUGCAAUUAGACACACAUACAAUAGGAGAGCUUACAUACAAUGCAGGUUCAGAAAGUUCUAUGAGCACUGGCAUUGUUAGAGAUACAGAUAGAUCUUAUACAUCAUUUUCCAUACAUCUUGGUAUCAUACGGUCAUUUAUUAGUUUUAAUUACGUAUAUAAAAUGCAUGAGAAAGAGAUGAAAUUACGCGGAAGUGUGAAAGCUGGUACAUUUGGAUUAGUUGUAGAAUAUGGUGCGGAAAAAAAAAUUUCGCGACACACUAGACUCUCUGCAACAGUAUCUGCAGGAGUGCCAACAGGAGUCAUGUUAAAACUUAAAUUGAACCGUUCCUUUCAAACUUAUGCAUUUCCUAUUCAUCUUAGUGAUGAAGUUCUUCCAGCCACUGUGUUCUAUGCUACUGUAGUUCCAAUAAUGACAUGGGUCAUACUAAAAAAAAUUGUGAUAGAUCCCAUGGUAAAAAAACGAGAAGAGCGUGAAAAGGAGAAAGAAAAGGAAGUAAAUAAAACGAGAAUGAUGGAAAAGCAGAAAGAAGCAGAAAGUGCAACCAAAUUGAUGAAAGCCACUGUAAGUAGGAUAAGAGCUACGGAAGAAUCAAAGAAGGGCUUAAUUAUCUCAAAAGCUCUAUAUGGAAGAUUUGUUUAUCCUCAACAAGAUCAGUAUAAUUCAGAUCAACGGCCCAUACAUAGAGAUGAAGUAAUAGAUGUAACUAUUCCUUUACAAUGUUUAGUAAAGGAUUCAAAGUUAAUUCUUUAUGAUGCAUCUAAGAGUGAACUUCCAGGAUUUUAUGAUCCAUGUGUAGGAGAAGAGAAACAAUUAUUAAUACAAUAUCUAUUUCGUAAUCAAACACAUGAAUGCAUAGUAAAAGAUAAUGCACCAGUCAGAAUACCAUUACCAUCACAUAGAGUAAAUACAACAUGACGCAUGCGCUAUCAUAAAAAAUUAAAAUAAAGUCACAGUGGUUCAUGGUAAUAGUCUGUACUGCUUCACUGAAUUCUUUCGAUCAUUUUUAGAUUAAACUUCUACAGAUAUUUUGUUGAAGAAA